CCUCCCCCUGCGCUGAGCACGGGCCCGUCUCUUCCUCUUCGGGUUGAUUUUGAAGGAAGAGGAAAGCUACUCUAAGGAGGCUUAAUCGCACCAGCCAUGCCCAGCCCCAACUGAACGGUGGCCCUUGGGGCAGAGAAAGGAUAGUUGAUGGGGUUAGACAGCUAUUGGAGUAUGUAGGUCUCUUUCCCAGCUAGGGGAGUGCUAGAUAGGCUGGAGAUCUUUAGGCCAGCUACUACCUUUUUUUUUUACCUUCCCUUUUAAGCUCUGAUUAAUGGCCAUCAUGAUCCCUCUUUUCUCCAACAGGCACAGCCUCGGGGUGACCGUGUGCCUGAUUAUGAGCCUGGUGAAGUUAGAAAUGACUCUGCUGUUUUCCAAACUUCUGGCUCUUCUGCAAACCAGCACUGUGUUGUCUGUGGUUGAUGAUUUUGUUAGUAGGGAAAUGUCUUGCCUCCCAGGACAUCCACUCCUCUUCUGCGGCCCUUCCUUUGCUUUCUCCCAAGUCUAAUCAUCAUUGAAAAUUAAGCAGACAGUUUAGCAAUAGCAGAAAUCUUUGGUAAUAAUCAGCAGAGUCAUGAACCUGGGUAUGAUAAAAUACUGUCUUUAAUUGCAGUUUUUUUGUUUGGUUUUUUUUGGGGGGAGGGGUUGGGGCAAAGAAACAACACCCAAAUGGAUUGGGUCCAUCUCCUUUAUUCCUUUUUUUUAUGCAUAUAAAUUGUGAUAAGGUUUUUCUCCUAUUCUUGCCCCUUUAUUCCUGUGGUUUAAACUGUGUAUAUCAGUGUAUUUUCUUCAAAAAAAAAAAUCUUUUUGGCUUUUGGUAAUACGUGCAGACCCUUUGUCCAGUAAUGGUUGGACAACUACUUACUUUGUUUUAUGACCCUUCUAGUAAGACAGUCUUGUAAAACAAUUGUCUGAGGUGCACUUUUGGGGUUUGCCUCUGUUUUAUUGAUUCAGUGGUAUAAGCAGGAAUAAAAUGACUUGUUUCUGUUGCACUUGAGUCUCAUGAAAAAAGGGCCCACAGUUUAGUGACAGUUUCAAAAGGCUUUUGUACCAUCUGUAUUAUAAAAUGGGGGACCCAAACUCCCGGAAGAAACAAGCUCUGAACAGACUUCGUGCUCAGCUUAAAAAGAAAAAAGAAUCUCUAGCUGACCAGUUUGAUUUCAAGAUGUAUAUUGCCUUUGUAUUCAAAGACAAGAGAAAAAAGUCAGCACUCUUUGAAGUGUCUGAAGUGAUACCAGUUAUGACCAAUAAUUAUGAAGAAAAUAUUCUGAAAGGUGUGCGAGAUUCCAGCUAUUCCUUGGAAAGUUCCAUUGAGCUUCUUCAGAAGGAUAUUGUACAGUUACAUGCACCCCGCUAUCAGUCUAUGCGCAGGGAUGUGAUUGGCUGUACACAGGAGAUGGACUUCAUACUUUGGCCUCGGAAUGAUAUUGAGAAGAUAGUCUGUCUUCUGUUUUCUAGAUGGAAGGGAUCAGAUGAUGAGCCCUUUAGGCCUAUUCAGGCCAGGUUUGAAUUUCAUCACGGUGACUAUGAAAAACAGUUUCUGCAUGUACUGAGCCGAAAGGACAAGACUGGAAUUGUUAUCAACAACCCUAACCAGUCAGUGUUUCUUUUCAUUGACAGACAGCACUUGCAGACUCCAAAAAACAAAGCUACAAUCUUCAAGUUAUGCAGCAUCUGCCUGUAUCUGCCACAGGAGCAACUCACCCACUGGGCGGUUGGUACUGUAGAGGAUCACCUCCGCCCAUACAUGCCAGAAUAGGGUUCUGGCCAGCAAAAUGGGGGAAAAAUCACAGAUUGCAGGAGUGUAGUUCCCACUUUUCUCGCCAUUUAUUCUUUUCGGAAUAGAAGAAAAUGGACACAUGCUCAGAACACUUAUCCAUCGUGAAACUCGAUCAUCCUGGAUUAUUUUCUGUUCUCAUUUGUCUCUCAGAACUUUUUUUUAAAGAUGUUUUCCGCAUGGACUUUAUGAAAGAGAAUGCUCUGCAUAUUUCUGCAUUGUACGAGCAUCUUACCAAAAUGUGAAAUGAAGGGACUGUUACACACUGAAAGAAAUGUUAUCUGAGAGCACAAAGCGAUCAUUUAUGGUGGUGUGUCCAUUUGUGCUGGUCAUGUCCCCUGUUUCAGUAUUCAUAGGGUGAAAAGUGAAUGUAAGGGUGUAAAAGCCUUCUAAGCGUUGCUUUUAACAUGAUUGUAUCAGAGCAGUGUCAGAUUCAUUCUGAUGACUAGUUCUCUGGCUUGCUACAGUAGAUGGCUUACUAUGGGAAAGAAAUCUUUUAAGGAAGAAAAGCAUCUCAUUCAUUGUAGGCAUGAAUUGCCUCUUAUUUUGCUUGGCCAUGUUUGAGUUUACUAGCAUUCUCAUUUUUGGAUCUCUUUCCCCAGUUUGCUGUAUAACUAAAUGUAGAGUGUUCUGUUAAGUUGAAUACAUUUUACAGACCUGGGGUCUGAAGUAGCUUAAAGCAGCUAAAUUAAAAAUAGCAGCUGCAGAAACCUUGUUGGCAGAGGAUUGCUUUUUUUCCUGAGAGUUGACUUGUAAAAUGGCUGGUGAACUGAGUAGGAAAUACUGGUUUCCAAAACAUUUCUGACAUGGAAAACCCUCUGAAGUUCUUUGGGGUGGGGGCGGGGGGAGGAAUAAGAUCUAAAGCAUUUGUGGAUUUAAUUGUAAAAUAUUGUUUGGAGUGUCAAAGUUGGUUUUGACAGAACAUAUUUUGUUUAAGAUUGUGCAAUGAACAUAAGAAAGACUACUGUAUAGUUUUGGCAAAGAACACUUUGCUUAUGGGUUGAGUAAUUUUACUGAAGUAAAUCUGUAUAAGCCAACUCCCUUUGGGUAAAUCUAGU